CGCUUUCUGUUUUAUUUCUUGUCACCUCGAGCCGUUUUGCUCUGCGUUCUCUCAGGGUGGGGGCUGCAGGGAGGCAGCACCGAUCCUCAGCCCUGAGUUCAACCCCGCACCCCACAGUGUGCGCAGCAGGGCGAAAGCAGCAGCGCCUUCCACAGCGCUGCAUCCCACAGGGAGGAGCAGCCCCACGGCCUGCGGCUGAGCUCAGUGCUGAGCAGACGGGUUGGGCUGGUUGUGCUGCUGGGAGCUGAGCUCCAUCCUACGCCAACCUGCAGCUCCGCUGAGCUGCUGCUGUGCUGCUGCUGUGCUGCUCGGUGGGGGCAGCAGGGUGGGCAGCGCCGGGGGCUCUGCUGUCACCUCGUGGCCCCAUGGUCGGUGUUGCAACGCCGGGGGGAAAUCUCGUGAUGAGCCGUGGUGAAAACGGUUUCUUUUUCUAUAAGCUCAGCUGUUGAACUCUGACCGUUGUGGAGUUGGUCGUCAGGGGGCUGAGCGGGCUGGGAUUCGGGGCUCUUGCCUGGGAUUUGAGGUUCUUCCUUUGGAUUUGGGGUUCCUGCUUGAGAUUUGGGUUUUUUUUCAUGGGAUUUUGGGUUCUUGUUUAGGAUUUGGAGGCCUUGCUUGGGAUCUGGAGUUGUUGGUUGGGAUUUGGGGUUCUUUUGCGGGGCUUGGGGUUCUUUCCUGGGAUUUAUGGUUCUCGCUUGGGAUCUGAGGCUCUUCCUUUGGACUUGGAGUUGUCGCCUGGGAUUUGGGGGUUCUUCCUUUGAAUUUGAGGUUCUUCCCUGGGGUUUGGUGUUCUUACUUGGGAUUUGGGAUGCUCAGGGUUUGGGCCGCCUCCACGGCUGCCCUCUGCACUGUGAGCCGAUGGGGUGGGAGCACAGAGCCCUACCAGCACUGCUGGGCUCUGCCUCUGCUUCACACAAAGCCACAGCAGCGCUCCCACGGCGGGGGAAGGUUUCCUCUCCCAGCUCUGUGCCCUUAGCAGCGCUUUGUGGCAGUGGCUGCUGCUGGAGCCGCCCGUGGGUCUGGAGGCAGAUGAGUGGAGACGGAGCUGAGCUGGGGGGCAGCUGUGCUGCUUUGCUUCCACGCCUCCGGGCUCAGCAGGGGAAAAUGCAGACGCUUUGUGGGGUUUCUGUUCUGCCAGGAGCGGGGCAGCGCUGCAAACUGCACUGCGAGCUCCAAAGUGUGCGACUGAGCGCCGUGUGACCCACAGGUGAGAUGUGACCGCGGGCGGGAGCAGCAGCUGAGAUGCAUUCGAGCCACGCCGAUGACCCCAAGGAAGUCAUCCAGCUGAUCAAGAAGCAGCUGGUGAGCUCCAUCAAGGCCCUGCAGAAGCAGUACGUCUCCUCGGACGCCGUGGUGACCAGCGAUGACGGGAACGCCAACACCCUGUGCAGCGCCCUGGAGGCCGUCUUUGUGCACGGGCUGAAGGCAAAGCACAUCAGGACAGAGGCAGGGGGCAAAGGGAGGAAAGCAGGCGGCCGGCUGCUGCUCCCCCAGCCCGUCUUCUGGGCCCUGCUGAAGAGCAUCACGCACCGGAACAUCAUCUCAGAGCUGGAGCAGCUCAUUUUCAUCACCACGGACGUGGGCCGCUGCCGGGCCUGGCUGAGGCUGGCUCUGAACGACGGAUUGCUGGAGUGCUACCUGAAGCUGCUGCUGCGCGAGCGCUCCCGCCUGCCCGAGUUCUACCAACCCGCGGCGCUGCUCCUGGACGCUGAGGAGUGCGAGUUCCUCCUGAGCUACCUGCAGGGCUUGUCGUCCCUCACCUUCCAGCUGUCCUACAAGUCAGCAGUGCUCAACGAGUGGACCGUCACCCCGCUGUCCCUCUCAGGGCUGUGCCCUGCAGCCGAGCUGCUGGAGCCCCCGACGGCCGAACCUCAGAGAAAAGCAUCCCUGGGCUCCAUCUCCCAAUCUUCAGGCUCCGAUGAGAUUGAAAUCCAGCCCUCAGCGCUGCCCAUCGGCAAAGCAGGCGACAAACCCAAGCGGACGUCGUCCUCGCUGAGCCUGAACACCACGGGUUCAUCACAGCUGUCCUCCAGCCUGGGCUCUGACGGCGUGCAGCCCCACUGCGCCCGCAGCCCCGAGCGCGGCGAUGAGCCGCUGUCCUGCGACUCCGACGUGGGCACGGCCACAGCUGAGGACCUGGACAGGUCGCUGCAAGAGGUGCUCUCUGAGUUCAGGAGAGCUGAGCCGAGCCUUGGUGCCCCAUCGGAGCGGCCGAUCCCUGCUGUGCUGGGCUGCUCCCCACCACCCCCCGAGGGCGCCCACCCACCGCCUUCCCCACCACCAGCCGAGGCCUGCAGCGCUCCGCAGGAGGAGGACAGCAUCCCGACCCCACAGCACGUGGAUGGGGGGAAGGAAGGCCGCGUGGCGUGCAGCCCUGCUGCCAAAUUCCUCUGCUCCCCGCUGCCGGGCUGCCCGAAUAGGAAGAGCUGGAUUUCGGAAGACGAUUUCUACAGACCUUCAGCAGGAGAGAGCGAUGAAAUCCCAGCUGACGCCAACGGCUUUGUGCCAGAUGGGGCCGGGGAGGGCCUGACCUCAGGGCUGCUCAGUGCUUUGGAUUUGGAAAGGUCGUCCCCACCGUCCUCGCAGGGCCCCAGGCUGUCCCCCGAGCGAGAGCAGAAGGGUUUCAGUGUCGUGCAUCGCCGGCAGAUGGGUCUCUCCAACCCUUUCCGGGGCCUGCUGAAGCUGGGCAGCCUGGAGCGGCGCGGAGCCAUGGGCAUCUGGAAGGAGUUCUGCUGCGAGCUGUCGCCGCUGGAGCUGCGGCUCUUCCUGGACCACGAGGAUCGCAGCUGCGUGGAGAGCUUCUCCCUGCUGCGCUGCGAGUCGCUGGCGCUGACGCAUGCGGAUGGACGCUUUGAGCUGGUGUUCCUGGGGAAAAAGCUGUGCUUGAGGGCUCCUUCCCGGGAUGAGGCUGAGGACUGGCUGGAUCGGAUCCGCGAGGCGCUGCGCAAGUGCCGCCCGCAGCUGGAGGAGGAGGAGUGGGAGACGCUGGCGUGCCCUGAGGACGGGGGGGAUGGCGGUGAGCCUGCUGCUCCGCUCCAGUGUGAAGCGCCUGGGAACGGCUUGGACUGGACUUUAUCCCACAAACCAGAGCUGGAUGCCAUCAAAGAGUCCGUUCUGUACGUGGACGUAGAUAAGACGUGGGUCCCUUUUAUCUUCUCCCUCUCCUUGGAAACCUUGAAGUGCUUUAAAGUGCGGAACAACGACAAAAUCUUAAGCAACAGUUACGGCAUAGAGACGAUCCAGGACAUCGUCCCCGACACCAGCCUGGGGGGGCCCUCCUUCUUCAAGGUGAUCACCUCCAAAGCUGUGCUGAAACUGCAGGCUGAGAGCGCGCAGGAGGCCGCGGCGUGGAGGGAGCUGGUGCGAGCGGUGCUGGGCUCCUACCUGGAGGCAGCCGAGGAGGCACUGACCCUGGGGGGCAGCUUGGACGGCCAUUCCCAGGUGCUGCUGAAGAGCAUGGUGAAGGAGAACGGCUUCUUGUUGCAGUACCUGGUGGCCAUCCCCGUGGAGAAGGGGUUGGACUCGCAGAGCUUCAUCUGCGCAGGCUGCUCCAGGCAGAUCGGCUUCUCCUUCGCCAAACCCAAGCUCUGUUCCUACUCCGGCCUCUACUACUGCGACAGCUGCCACCGGGACGACGAGGCGCUCAUCCCCUCACGCCUCAUCCACAACUGGGACCUGAGCAAGAGAGGGGUUUGCCGUCAGGCGCUGAAGUUCCUCACCCAGAUCCGCAAGCAGCCGCUGAUCGAUCUCAAGUUGGUCAACGAGAGCCUCUACGACCACGUGGAGAGGAUGAGGCGCCUGCGGCGGAGCCGGGAGCAGCUGAAGCUGUUGGGGGAUUACCUGAGCGUGUGCCGCAGCGGGGCGCUGAAGGAGCUGAGCAAACGCCUGGAUCACAGGAACUACCUCCUGGAGUGCCCCCACAAGUACAGCGUGGCCGACCUGCAGCAGAUCUCCGAUGGCGCCUUCGAGCCCUUCCUGCUCUCGCUGAUCCAGUUUGCGUCGCACCACGUCUACAGCUGUGAGCUGUGCACGCAGCGGGGCUUCAUCUGCCAGAUGUGCAGCAGCAGCGACAUCAUCUUCCCCUUCCAGCUGGAUUCCACCUCCAGAUGCAAAGACUGCAAAGCUGUUUUCCACCGGGAAUGCUUCAACAGCAGCACUGCCUGCCCGCGCUGCGAGCGGCGGCGGCGCUACCAACAGGAACAGCAGCAGGAGGAGGAGGAGGAGGAGGAGGAGGAAGGCGGCGCGGGGCCGAUGCCAUAGAGCCAGCAGCCAUCCCAAAGGCGGUGGCAGACGAUGCCCCAAAAGCACGUGGUGCACAGGGCUGGGCCUGCGCCCAAAAGACCCCACAGCCAAUGGGGGGUGGAUGAGCAGGGGGGGCUGUGGGGCUGAGCCGGGGCUGUGGGGCUGCAGCCAUCCCCUGCCACCACCCCACUGAUGGGGACGCGGUGGCGCUGGGCGGGUUUUGGUGUCCCCAUCCCUGGGGGAUGUGGGGACGGGGCUCCCCAGGGCCUGCAGUCCCCCCCCUUUGGGGUUUCUGUGUCCCCCCCCCCUUUGGGGUUUCUGUGCCCCCCCCCCCCCUUUGGGGUUUUGCUCUCUCCAUCCCAAUGGGGCACAGGGGGAUGUGGGAGCAGGGACUCCCCCCAUUUUGGGGUCAGACGUGCCAAGGGGACGCAGGCUGUGCAAUGCCACCCACUGGGAUCGCUGCCACCCCCGCUGCCAUCGUCCCACCGUCCCCCGGUGGCACUGGGGGGCUCACAGGCUGCGCAGUGGGGCGGCCGUGGGGCCCAGCUGCUGUCAGUGGGACCCGGACUUGAGGGCUGUGCGACGGCUGAGCUCGGGGCUUUUGUGGGUUUGGGGUUUUUUGGAGGUGCCUUGGGGGGCAGAGCUGCUCUGCCUCCCUUUUAACCCCCGGCCCUUCGGGGGCCGCAAAGAAGAGUUUUAUUUUCCUGUCACUGUGAAAACCA